GUGAAAUCCACAGCAAGCAAAAACGUACCUACAGAGGAGAGGAGCGAGCCAUCAAGCGAAAGGAAUACCAACAUCACUCUCGUUUUUUACAACCUUCUGGAUCAUUUGUUUAAAAAUUAACAUCAAAGGGAGUUGAAAUAAAUACCACCCUUCGCCAUUUGCGCUUCAUUUUCCGCUUUCUACCUCUUUAUACGAUUUCUUUGGAGAAACGGACUUCUUCUAAGUGCAGCACUAUGUUGAAUAAUAUGGAUUUGAACGCAAAAGAUUCAUUCUACCCUCAGUUUGAUAACAGUUCUUCCUUGGGGAUGGAGAGCAGCGUGCGCAAAGAUAAGCAGGAGGUGUUCGUCGACGCAGAGCGAGGGGUACCUGCCCAGUUUGGCCACGAAGGAGCCCCAGCCACUCUUAAAACUGAAGCUUCCAACUCAGAGUUUGCCUUCAACCCGUGCGAGUGCCCCAAAGAGAGCUACCCCCCCUCCUCACUCGCCUACUCCGGUAGUUUCUAUGUGGAGGCAUCUCAGGGGGCGCCGUGCAGCACCGAGACCCUGCUCAACAUGAUCACAGAGAUUGUGGGCAUCUCCACCAUGCCCCUGACAGACAUGCAGCAAACCACCGGCAGCUCCGUGGAAACCAGCAGCGCCACAUUUGGGGAUCUGAGCGCAAAGAGACAUGUUUUCAACUGUUCCCCCCCCACGUACACGCAAGAGCAAACGUGCCCCAGUUAUACAGAAGAAAAGAAGUCAGAGCCAAAGUCUGAGGCCGCGUCCUUCCCGGUGGUGGUGAAAAAUGAGUUCGAGAGCAGCUGUUAUGAAUGGGGCUCCUUCAACAGUAAAUCCGACUGUCUGGAGAGCACAUUCCAGACUGAGACCUUCCCCAUGUCCAGUGACUUCCCGCCCGAGCAGCACGUAGACGUCAAGGAACUUUUGGACACGUUCCCCUCUAUGUGCCCGAACCCCGACAUGGAGUUCAAAGUGGAGGGAGGAAUUAAACAGGAGCCGUGUUUCAAUGACACCUGCUCCAGCUACUCGAGCCCGCUGUACAACAGUUACCUGCCGCCUAUGGGCCUAUCCUCCAGCCAACCUCCGUCUGAACCCCUUUACUCCCCCCCAACGCUGCCAUCUACCAUUGAUUCUAUUCUAUACUCUUCCCUAUUGCCAGAUUCUUUUGCCCAAAGUUAUAACUCACGCACUACCAAGACCCCUCGGGCGAGAAAGGCCCCCUCCACGUCCCACGGCCCUGCCAAAGAGAAACCCUUCACAUGCCCGAUGGAGAGCUGUGACCGGCGCUUUUCGCGCUCGGACGAGCUCAACCGCCAUAUCCGUAUCCACACGGGACACAAGCCAUUCCAGUGCCGCAUCUGUCUGCGCAGCUUCAGCAGAAGUGACCACCUCACAACCCACACCAGGACUCACACCGGGGAGAAGCCCUUCUCCUGCGACGUCUGCGGCAAACGCUUUGCGCGCAGUGACGAGAGGAAACGGCACGGACGCGUCCACCUCAAACAAAAAGAAAAAAUGGAAAUAAAGCCACAGGUUUCGACUGGUGCGUGGCCCUUCGCUCUUCCUGAAGGCAUAUGAGCGGCGCGCUUAAAACUCACUUGACGAGCAUCUUUCCGUCUUGGAAGAUACGGCAGCUGACUGUAGGUUGGACGGGCCUGAAGUCGCUCACUGACCCUGGGGUUAGACCAGCGGAGCGGGCCUGUGCUGCAGGAGCGGGGAAGUGACCGGCAAAGCUGCUGUGAGCGUCCGCGAGGCAGAGCUCUGUGCUGCGGCGAUGCAUGACUGCUGUUCAGCACCACUCCAUGGGGACAGCUCCAACCUGCUCCUCCGAGCUGGAUGUUUGCACUUACAUUUAGUACUAUCACAUUUAAGAUUCCUAUUUUUUGCUUCUAGCACUCAUAGAGCAAUGGUUUGGACAAUGUCUCUAAAACUGCAUGUUUUUGUCAGUGUUUUUCCUUUAACCGGAAUAUCAGCCACUGUCAAGCUUCCCCUUCACUGUCAGUGGAGGCGUUUGACAUGAAUGUAAACUAUAUUUAUGGCUUUGACUAAAGCUGACCCUUUGACCAUAUUUAGUGUUUUACUUCUUAUCAUUUGGUUGUCAGUGUUUAGUCACUGUUCUUUGUGUUGUAAAUUGUUUGGUUUAUUACGAUUGUGAGAGAUAUAUCAUAAAUGGGAAAUAAAUAUAUUUGUAUGACUGUACCGCUUUGUAUUUUUAUAAGUGUAUAUUUUACAUGGAUCACAUUUGAUCAUCAUUUUUAUGGUGAAAUGUAUUCUAAGUCAUUAAUAAUGUCUUGGUUUUGAGGGCUAUUGUAUAAGACAAUAUUUUAAAUGUAAUGAUUUCAUAUCAGAAACAUGUUGGCACUUCAUCCCAUUGGCUGGUUUGAUAAUAGUAUACAUGGGACUGCUGAUGGGCUUGUGAAAUGGACCAGUAUGUUCUCCAUUUGAACAGAAUGUACAGAGGUUUGUACAGUGCUAGAGGUACUAGCCCACCACAAACACAUUGCUUUUGAGUAAUCAGGUAGCACACAUUGCUGCGAGGUGUGGACUGUAUGUGAAAUAAAAGGCUCGGACUCCUGCUGGAGAUGCUCUAUAGACUGACAUGUUUCAUUAGCAAAAAACAUCACAGAGACUUUGGUGAAACUGUCACCGACAGGGUACUGCAAAAAGUAAUUCAAAUCGCC